AUGUGUUCAAUCAGCCUGCUUCUGUUCGCUCUAGCCUUUACUUGCACUCUCGUCUCCGCCGUUCCUUACCCCGUCUUACCUUCCUUCUCAUCCUUUACCAAAGUCGCAAAAGAACCCAUCAUUGGCAGAUUCGAAACAAUAGCUGUCAGAGUCCCGUGUAUUGACUGCCCUGUAUACGAAGAUGACGUGGCUUUGGACUUUGAACUUCAAUAUCCUCGCCUCGACUCUUCGACUAAUCUUUGCGAUGUCGACUUCACAUUGAACGGUCGGCCCAUCGUCGUCGACCACACGGACCCGGGUCAAACAUCGACUCUGCACAUACCUCGUGGUCUAGCUAGCCAACACUGGGAGGUUGAUCUUGCUGUCCAAGGUCUUUGUGAUCCCGUCAAGGACGGCGUCGUCCCCGCUCAGCGCGCCUUCUACUUUAACGUCACCAAGGUUGCACAACAACCUCUGAUUACUCCUGGCACAUUCACAGUCGUCGUUGAUCAUUCGGAGGCAGCUCAGAUUCUUAUCGACUCGGAGAUUGACGAACAAGCCGACUGCACUUCAUCGCUGAAGAGUGUGAUUAACGAAAAUUCCUCUAUCCUUUCCAAGAUCGAGGCCUUCCCGACCGACAAUGACAUCAAAUCAUCGACCGACAUCAUCAACGUCGAACAAGCUCUCCGCGACCGCCUCUACGACCAGGCGACAAAACUGCAGAGACUAAACCAGCGCUGUCACAAGAACUUCAGUGAAAGUCUAGGUGACUGCCACAGAGACAUCUCAUGCAUGAGCAAGGUCAUGUGCCAACGUAUCCACGACACUACUUAUCAAAAGAUCAAGGAGAUCCAAGCCGCUCUCCAGGACUCUAUCAUGAUUAGCAAGGACCGUCAGGACCAAUACGUCGCUGCCGAUGAGAAAGACAACUGGAACUUCAACGUCAGCUCUGUGGAUAACCUCCUCGCUGAUAUCGAGAACGGAAACGCAAAGAAGUACGAACACGACUCACAGCAUCCUCUAGUGCUCGCCCUGGAGAUCCUUGCAGCCGCGAUUGGUCUUUCUGCCCUUUGUGCAUUCAUUCGCCGCCGCUUUGGCUCCCUUCGUCGUCGCGUCGAGCGCUUGUCUGAUAAGGAAGAACGGCGAAGAGCUCGUCACUUCCGUUGUCUCGCACGCAGGGAAGCUUUCCGCAAAAAGUGGGUGAAUUUUAAGCAAGUCUUUCAACGCUCACCUCGCAACGGAGAUGACGACGAGAAGCGUAUUCUUGUCAUCGAGGCUGCUGGUCAGGUAGUCGACGAUUACGCAGAGGGCUGCUCCCGCCAAAUUGAAGAUUUGGAGAUGGGUCAUGCCAUCGGUGACCUUCGAAACGCACGCGAGUUCGUGGCCAGUCUGGUCCACGGCGGCAGAGGGCGCAAGUCAUCAAGUGCCGAGUCUGGACAUACUACCUUGCCCGAAUAUACCGAGGAGAAGCUACCCGACUACACAUCCACACCAAGCGACCACGCACCUUCAGUUGUCAGCUUCAACUCUAGAAACUUUGGCAUAACACCGGAAAGCAGCAUAGUCUUGUCCCCUAGAUGCAGUCGUGAGACGCUACGCACAGGCACAGACUUUAGCACCGAUUAG